AUGAGCGCGUGCACCAGCAGCAGUCAAUGGCAGGUCGCUUUGGCACUCUUGCAAACCAUGCCCCAAUUCACCAUUCCCGUGAACCAGGUGGCAAUGAAUGCUGGGAUCUCCGCAGCAGAAGCCGGCCUUCAAUGGCGCUGGGCUUUGCAAGCCUUGCGGCUGUCACAUCUGCGAGCAGACUGCAUCACUUACAAUGCCUCCAUUAGUGCUUGCAGCAAGAGCUUGGAAUGGCAGCGGGCUUUGGGCCUGCUUGCAGAGCACCCCUCCGAAACUGGCUAUGCUGCAUGCAUGCUGGCGCUGGAGUGGCAGCAGUCCCUGGACUUGUUGUGGGCCAUGCAGCGGUGCAGGCUGGUGCCGCAGCUGGGGUCGCUGUCGGCGCUGCUGUCGCGGCCCGAGCUGCAAGGCCCGUUAGGCCCGUUGCACCCACGGCGCGGCUUGUGGCUGGCGCUGCUGCGGCUGCUGCCUGAGGCGUUGGAGGCCGAGGUUGCAGCUUCCAGUUGCGGUUCCAGCGCCGGCAACUCGCAGGCGGCGCGCUGCGCCGUCCUGCUUUGUGCGGCAGCAGAGCUGCGGCAGCCAGAGCUGCUGGCAGAGCUUGGGGAGUGGAAUCGCCUGGCCGAGCUGCUUGCUGCUUCGUUGUCCCCGUCCCCUUCGUCCCCUUCGUCCCCUUCGUCCCCGUCCAGUCGGUACAAGGUGCUUGCACCAGGUCCAGGCCCACCGCGAGGCCUGCGGGCGGGCAGGGCCAAGGAGCUGCGGCUCUUUCAGCAUGUGCUGGCGACGGCGCUUCCGAAUCCGGCGUCGGUGUGCGAAGCCAUGGAGAGCUUCGGCUGUCGCUCGAGCGCCCACGGCUUUUGGCUGAAGCUCGCCGCCGGCGCCAAGGCUGAUCUGCUGACAGCAGCACUGCGUGGUGCUCCCCCAGGCCCCAUCCUGGAGAUCGGCACCUACUGCGGGUACUCGGCCUUGCGCCUGGCCAGCUGCGGUCGCCACGUCGUGACCCUGGAGGUGGACCCCAUCCAUGCCGUGAUCGCCAAGAACCUGAUCAACUUUGCAGGGAUGAGCCACAGCAUCCAGGUAUUGAUGGGCCACAGCAAGGAUUUGAUUCCCCAACUUGCGGGACCCUUCGCGUUUGUCUUCAUGGACCAAAAAGGAUCUCGCUUCCACCAGGAUUUGGAGAUGCUGGCGGAGAAUGACCUACUUAGCGAGGGGGCCGUGAUUGUUGCGGAUAAUGUCUUGAAGCCGGGCGCGCCCGUUUUCCUUGCACAGUUGCAGGAUGGAGCUUUCCACGGGGACUCGUUUACCACAGAGAUCGUGGAGCUGAAAGAGUUCGGGAUGGAGACGGACGACUGGAUGUCUGUGAGCAAGAGGGCAUGCAAGAGCCACCGUACCUUCCAGGUGUCGGCCUCCUUGCAGGAGUUGCAGGAGGACUCCGACAGCAUGCGGGCCAAGGCCACUCGGCGGGGGAUCAGCUUUCAGGAGUGGUCCAUCUACGCAGAGCGAAUGCGCUGCAGCCUGCAGCGACAUGGGAUUCAAGCAACCUUGCGGCACAAGGCGCAGGGUGGCCAAGAACAUUAG